AUGUCUCUUUUCCAGAUCGCCUUUGACUAUGCCGCACCUUUCUUCCUUAUAAGCUCCCCUAUCACGUCCUAUGCCGACCAGAUCGUCAGCAUUCAUCGCACCAGAAGCUCCGCGGGCUUCUCCUUGGACAUCCCUUUGAUUAUGCUGGUUUCAUCGAUCCUGAAGGUUUUCUAUUGGUUUGGCGAAUACUACUCAGGCACUUUAUUGACACAAGCAAUUGUCAUGAUCGUGGUGCAGGUCGCGCUGCUCAAGGUUGCACUCGAUAAUCGCCCCUCAACCGGUGGGAGAAAUGGAAUCGAGCACACACCCUUCAGCGGUGGUAACUCAGAUGGUUCAUCCUCAAGACCUUAUGAGUUUUGGCAAUGGAAGACUACCAAGCCAUACUGGAUGUGUUUAGCUUACUUCGUGGGAAUGUUGACCGUCAUCCACCUGACCCCCAUUGCUCAAUCGGAAUACUAUAUCGGCCUCCUUGGCUACAUCGGACUCGCCACAGAAGCUACCCUCCCUCUCCCUCAAAUCGUCGCCAACCACCGAUCCGGAUCGUGCAAGGGCUUCCGAGUCUCCGUUGUUGCGGCAUGGAUUCUUGGUGAUGCCAUGAAGAUGAGCUACUUUUUCAACAGCACCGAGACCAUCCCAUGGGCGUUCAAGCUAUGUGGCAUCUUCCAGUGCGUGUGCGACUGCUACCUGGGCUUGCAGUUCUAUAUCUUCACUCGAAACCUCUCUAAAACUCCGUCUCACUCCCACUCAAACUCGGUCUCCGCCGCGCUCUCCAACCCACACUCUCACUCACACACACACUCCAACUCACUUUCCCACCCUCUCCCUACUCCUCUCUCCACUCCUCAUUCCCGUUCCAUCUCCCAGCCCGCAGGCGAGCUGAAGGAGCAAGACGCCCGUUGGGGUCAUCAUGAGAAGGAUAUCCGCAUGAACUGA